CAGGAUAAAGCGUCCGGACAAUAAGUCUCUAGUCUUAUUCGGAAAAGAAAUUGAAGUCCUCCCACAUUAACCACCCCGACUCCAUUGUAGGUACCACAGAGUUUUCGAAGCUAGCUCACGAAUAAGGACACGCACGGACGAGACUGGUUUGGUAAUUUAAGACGGCAGUGGGGUCAUAUUAGUCGCAAGAAAAGGCUGGAAACAACUCAACCUCCAUGUCCACCCUCUCUCUCCUUUUCUUGUCCUGAAAUCGACUGUUUACUCGAACAUAACAUUCAGCAACUGCGACUUCCUGUGCUCCACGGAUCCCGAGAAACAAUGGCACAGCGAAGGUACGGUUUUGGGCUGGUGACCUCUUUUUUCUGCAUCUCCGGCUGUAUUGCUCUCAUUUCCCUCUCAGGAUGUGCUGAGGCUUAUCAGAAUUACACCGUGGGCGGCUCCCUCGGUUGGUAUGACAACCAAGAAAAGCCUGAGGUUGAUUACCAGAAGUGGGCUUCUGCCAAGAACUUCAGUUUGGGAGAUUUCCUCAUAUUCAACACCGACACCAACCACUCGGUUGUGCAGACAUACAACCUCACCACGUACAAGCUCUGUGACUAUGAGGAUGCCCGGGAAAAGGACACCAUCCUAUGGUCGUCCAGCGAUCCUUCCAACACCGCCACUCACGCCGUCACUGUGCCCGUUCCGCUCGUAAAGGAGGGGCCGAAUUAUUUCUUCUCCAGCGAUUACGACGGCGAGCAAUGCCAGAACGGCCAACACUUCAUGAUCAAUGUGACGCACGGGCAAGGCCUGCCUGAAAGUCUGAAGGACCCGUCGGACCAGUCGCCAGGUCCGGUCAGUCCUGAUUCGGGGGAUGACUCGGUACCCGACACUGUGGUUCCGUCCAGUUUCAACAAUCCCCAAGAACAAAGCGCCGAUGACGAUGAGCCAUCUGGGUCCGUUGCUCUAACAGCUUGGGGUGAUAAGUUCUUGAAUGGACUGCUCUUGAUGGUUUUGGGGACUACAUUGCAGACCCUGAUGAUUUGAGUUCUUCGUACUCUCUGAUCUAUCAAUCAUCCUCGUCUUUGUUUAUUUUUUUAUACAGAUUUGUAUUCAAAAUGUUUACUUGAUGCGCUAUACAGUAUUCUUGUAGAACAUGGAGUGAAAAUGAUUCAACGAUUGUCAGAUAUAUAAAACAUAAGCCUUUUUUUUUUUUUCUAGAA